CCUAUCGAUUGGUAUCGCUUGGCAAUUGGGCAUUGUUUUUUAUAUAUAAAAGCACCACCAAGAUGAGCACGUACCUUCAGAGCAGCGAGGGCAAGUUUAUUCCAGCCACCAAGCGCCCGGACGGCACCUGGCGCAAGGCCCGCCGUGUGAAGGACGGCUAUGUGCCGCAGGAGGAGGUGCCGCUGUACGAGAGCAAGGGCAAGCAGUUUGUGGCCCAACGGCAGACCGGAGUGCCGCCUGGCAUGUGCCCCAUUGUGGCCGCCGAGGCCAAGAAGGAGCGCGAGAAGCAGGAACGCAGCAAGGCCAAGAAGCAGCAGCAGGAUGCGGGGCCCAAGAAUAAUCCAAAGGCACCAACGCCCGGCGUCCUGGUUUUGCCCCAGUCCAGCACGUGUCCGCCGCCGCCAAAAGCCAAUCAGCCCUCUGGCAGAAGCAAAGAGGUCAAUGCGGUGGCCAAGGCCUUGGAAAAUACUCUAAGGCUGGAGGAGGGAGCCCAGGAGAUAGAUGCCAAUAAGCAAUUGAAAAAGCUGAGAAAGAAAAUCCGCGAAAUCGAGUUAAUCGAGAGCAGAAUUCAGGCCGGGGAGCAGAAGAAGCUGGACAAGGACCAGCUGGACAAGGUGAAAAAAAAGAGUGAGAUCCUGCGGCAGAUCAAAGCCCUGGAGAGCGAACAGCGCUCAUCGUAGCCCUAAGUAUAAAUGCAACUCAGCUCCUGCUAUACACCGCACUUCUGCUCUCACCUCACUGACCAGAUGUCGAGCCGCCUCCAACACGAGAAUCGAGAAACAAACAAUUACACGCAUACAUAUAUCUCUGUUGAAUAGUUAUAUUAGUUUUAGCAGAAUAAGAUGUAAAGCCAUUUAGUAAUACCAAUAUCUAUUUUUAUUAAUGUGCGUCUGUCUUAACAAUUAGUUUAUAUGGAAUGAGAACGGUAUGCCGAAUGUUUAUUUAUGUAUAGGUAACUUUGUAAAUCAGAUUUAAUAAAUUAAAACACACAUUGAAACCCAU